CACUUGCUGUGAAGGUUCAAACAAACUCUCAGUUCAAAUCUCCAGAAUUAGCUUGAAAGCACCCAGUCCUGAAGCUCAGAAGGCAAGCAAAGAGGUAACAAGUUGGCUGAGAGCAUUUCAGAAGCAUUCUGAUAACCAAAGCAGGAUGGGUGACUGGAAAAGCUACAUCAACACCAUCCUAAAGGAUAAGAACAUUGAAGAUGUAGCUAUCGUGGGGCACAGUGACAACAAAUCAGUGUGGGCUUCCAAGCCAGGAGGCCUACUGGCUGCUAUCUCACCUCAGGAAGUGGGGGUGAUCACAGGCCAUGACAGGAAGGGGUUCCUGCAGACUGGUAUCACCAUAGCUGGCAAGAAGUGCAGUGUGAUCCGCGACUACUUGCUUGUGGAAAAAGAUGCUGUGAUGGACACCAGAACCAAGGAGGGUGACAGCAAGUCCAUCUGUAUUGGCAAGACCCCCAGAGCCCUGAUCUUCCUCAUGGGCAAAAACGGAGUCCAUGGAGGAGCCCUCAACAAGAAGGUGCAUGAGAUGAUUGCAAGCAUGAAAACCCAGAGUAGCUAGAGCAAAGGACAUAGGUACUGUCCCCAGGGGAAAUGACCUUAUCCUUGCUUUAAAAGAAAGGAAACAAAUUC